UUGUCUGUCUGUCAUACGCAACCGAUAUUCAUUGGCUGCUGGGGUAGGGAGGCGGGGUUUGGCGGUAUUCUUGACAUGGCAGACAGUGGCAGCUGGCGGCCUCCGCGGCCCUGCGAGACCUACCACGCCGAGUGGAAGCUCUGCCGCAGCGCCAGACACUUCCUACACCACUAUUACGUCCACGGAGAGCGUCCAGCUUGUGAGCAGUGGCUGCGCGACCUGGCCAGCUGCCGCGACUGGGAGGAGCGUCGGAGCGCCGAGGCCCAGCGAUCCCUGUGUGAGAGCGAGCGGGCACGGGUACAAGCUGCACGGAAGCAUACCCUGGUGUGGGCCCUGAGGCAGAGUCCCCCUGCAGACUGGCACCUCCCUGUACCACAAGAGAAGGACAAGUGACGAACACCCAUCUUUGGCCUGUCCUCGCUUCUGCUUCAAGUGAGGCUCUGAGCAUCCCAGUCUAGUGGGUCCCUGUGAGCUCCUGCCUGGACUGAAACAGCGGUACAUUCUCCAGUUCUAUCUGCCCACCCCUUAUCUCUGUCGGGACACCACUAUAAGUCUCUGAGACAGUUGAGCCCACUCUACAGCUUCCAGGAAACCAAGCAUGGUGACAGGUACCUGUGAACAGCCAGGUCAGGCUGGCUCAGACCUCUCACCCCCAAGAGGACCACAGGCUGAGGGGCAGGUCUCACCUGCAUGAAAACGUGACUGGGUCAGAAUGAGAUGGCAGAAGACCUGUGCUGCUGCAAAUACCUCUUCCUGCCCUGGGGAAACAGGUUUACCACAUCUCAGACUUGGUGACUACCAUAUAUUGCCAGCCUCAGCAACCAAACAGGAGUUCAUACUCUGAUCAGUUCCAUUGCAGAGGUAGGUGGAGCAUGCCAAGCAGACAGGCCUCACUGCCCCUCUGCACCAAUACACUUCACCUGAAGUUCCUAGCAGGGCCCUAGGAGACUGGGGAUUUUUGUUUUUGUUUUUCUCUUUGGUUCUUUGAGACAGUAUCUAGCUGAAUGGCCCAGGCCAGCCUUGAACUCACUAUGUAGCCACAUUGGGUUCAGACUCCUGUCUCAGCCUCCCAAAUUCUGGACUCUCAGGCAUAUGCCACCUUGCCUGGUGACACUCCAGUUUUUAAGAAACACACAACCUAGCCAGAAAUGGUGGUACAUGUCUGUCUAUAAACACAGCACUUGGGGAGGCUGAGGCAGGAGGAUUACAAAAUUAGUCCCACCCUGGCCAAAUUAUCAAUUAAAAAGGCCUGGGUUCAUCCCCCAAUACUGCAGAAAACAAUUAAAACAAACCAAGAAAACGUACAGCUUUACAAGCUUUCAUGGAGUAUUGGCUUAGGAAACCAAGCCUACAAAGAGGAUGGAGGGAGAAGGAGAGGGAAAGACGUAAGAAUUAAAAUUAGUUAUGUAUAUGUUCACAAUGCUACAUGAUGAAUCUAAUCACUAUGUCCUGAAAACAUGUAUUAAUAAAAAAAAUUUUUAAACCACACCAAAGGACUAGAGGUGUGACUCAGUGUUACAAUUUGCCUAGUAUGUGUAAGCCCCUGACUUCUAUCUUCAGCGAAGAAAAAACAAGCAAAAGAAAACCAAGCCCAAAGCACAUAGGAUUUAGGUCUCUUUCCCUCAGAAUUUCCCCUGAUAAUGUUUGUUUUGGUACCAGAAAUUGGCCUCAAGACCUUAUGCUUGCCAGGCAGGUGCUGUGCCACUGAGCAACCUCCUCAGCUCCCCUGUGUAUCAAAAACCAUUUCACAUGUUUGAUUCCAAAUAAAAGUUGAAAAAUCCACA